AUGAAAAGCAGCCAAAAGGUUUUAAAUAAAACCGCUGACCUACAGUACAAGUUUCCUGUGAGAAGCGGGUACAGAGUGAUGGUUAGCGGCAGCAAACUAGUAAUAUCGGGAUCAAGAGAGGCUCACGUGUACAAUCAGAAUGGUGAGUUUGAUCGUAGUUUUGAGUUUUUUAAGAGUGAAAGCGACAAGACCUUCAUGCAUGAUUGUACUGCUACUUACGAAGGUCGCAUCUUGAUAAUGCACCGUAAAGGAGUCUUCAGCGAUUACCACUGUGUUCAUGUAUUCACAAUGGAGGGACAGGAAAUUGCAAAAUUCAAAUUUUGCGUCGGAUUAAAUUUAUGCAGUAUGUUCUUCUCACCUCGCUCUGCAGGUGAACAUGUUGUCGUCGCUGGUUGCAACUGUGGAGGUGAGAUCAUAACAGUGGAGUUAUACACUGUGGAUGGAAAACUUGUGCGAAGAAUUCUACUGCGUCAUAAAUUUAGACUUGUUUUCGAUGGAAUUACGGUGACCAUGGAAGGACACAUUGCUGUGUGUUUUCUUCCUUUUGGUAGCAAUAGAAAGGUAGUUGUAUACAAAAACUAA